AUGAAGCUCUCUCUUGCCUUCCUCGCUACCCUCUCCGUCGCCAUGGCCGCAUCCAUCCCCGCAACAUGCGAGGACAUCCCCAACUCGCUGGGCGACAAGCCCCAGACCCUCCACAACUACUUCAACCAAGAAGUAUGCCAGAAGAGCAAAUGCGACACCACCAUCAAUGACAGCACCUCGUUCCUUGAGAAGACCGUCGUCCCGCAGCUCGUCCAGCAGCUCUCGCAGAGCCUCGGAAUCUCCACCGGCAACCAGGAUCAGAUCGAGAAGGUCGCCAAGGAAGUCAGCCAGGCUAUCCAGCAGAGCUGUUCUCAGCAGUAUGGCGACAAGAAGGUGUGCAACGACGACGACAGUGUUCUUCAGUUCGGUCAGUGCGCGCUCAAGGCGGCCGAGCCGGUGAUCAGCAAGCAGAGCCAGGGCGAUGACGACGUCCCUUCGGAGGAGGAGUGCCAGAAGUUGAAGACGGCGUUGACGGAUGAUCAGUUGUGGUCGAAGACUCUCCCGGGUUAUGUGGACCAGUUUGCGAAGCAGUGCAAGAAGAACUAG